AUGACCGACACAAGCAUGACCGAUAGAAAAAGAGCCGCAGCACCGAGCCCGAUCCUCCUGGAAGACCAGAACCGCAUGCUCAUGGACGGAAUCCGCGUCGCAAAGAAGCGUAGAGUCGCUCACGGUUCGUUCAAUUCAGACUAUUGGAAAGAGGUUGCGCAAGGCGAAGAGCUGGAGCAGAAGAGGUUCGAAGUACGGCGUGAUAUCUCGCUUCGAGAUUUCACAGGCACGCGUGCAGAGUGGGACAGAACAGAGGAAGGCAAGGCAAUCACAGAGGAGAGAAUGGCCAAAAAGAACCUCGCGAUUCUGUACAGAAGCCGGGCGGAAGAACUGGACGAGGAGAAGUGGGACGAGCAGCGUGGCUUUCGGCCCACAUUCUAUCGGCUCUUUAGUUCGUCCAAGCUCGGAUGGAAUGUCAUGAAUACCGGCGCUGGGAAGCGAAAUCCCCAAGAUCAAUCAAACUUUCGACGAGAGCUCAUUGAAUCAAUGGAUGCUCGGCAUCAGACCGACAAGGAUAGCCUGUGGUGCCCCAUUCUGGGUAAAUGGCUGGAGGAAGAGAUAAUACAGGCUGCACACCUCUUCCCUUAUGCUCACGGCCAGGGCACGAUGGAUGCUAUGUUCGGCACACGAAGACCCUCCGAACUUUUCUCGGCCAAAAAUGGCAUUCUCGUCGCAUCUCGCAUAGAAAAAUACUUCGACGCUGGCAAAUUUGUGAUCAUCCCAGCAACGCGAACCCGUCACCCUACUAUCGAAGCGAUCCGUGCCUGGCUUCGGGGAGAGCCCCGCGAGUACAAAAUCAAAAUUAUCGAUAAGACGUGGGACAGGCUCAAUCAGCGCAUUAGGACUGAGGAUCCGACUACAUGGGCAGACAUUGAUGGGAAGCAGCUGGAAUUCAGGAACAAGUUUAGGCCGGCCGCUCGGUACAUCUAUUUCCAUAAUUGUGCCCAAGUAAUCCGACAUGCAUGGGCAGGAAAUCAUGAUCGUAUAUCUCACGAAGUGCUCGUCGACGAGAUUGGCAAGCCCUUUUGGGGCACACCUGGCAGGUACCUUCCCGAUAACAUGCUCCUGUCUGUGGUGGAAGAGAUGGGCCACGAGUACAAGGAAAUUCUGGGUGGUGUUGGAAUAUCGGCGGUUCCUGGGAAGCAAAUGGUGGAGCUGAUGGGUCGGCGUAUUCACAGAAGGCCUGCUAUUAAGGAUGUGACCUGGAGCGAAAUUAGCGAGGCCGAUCCGGAGCAAAGCUGGAGUGGUGAUGGUUAUGAUGGGCAAGCUGAGGAGGACGACUGCACCAACAUUGAGUAA